GCUUCAGUAGCAUUUUUCGCCACUCUCUCAAUUUGAUACGUAAACACUUCGACAAUGGGCAAAACUUUAAAGCAGAGACUUCAAAGUCUGUUUUCGUCCUCUUCACACACGCCUCGACAAGAGCCUGUAGUUUUGAGUUCAGUUUCCAGAUCAUUGCCGUACAACAAUUCAUGUCUCCCGUACAUCUCUGCAGAGUUGGCUGGAAAUAUUCGGGCUCUUUCCGGGAUUGAUCUAGCCACCGUUUCCCACGUGACACGUUCAAAGACGAGCUCUGUCCCUGUAGCACCACCUGACCCGCCUAAGAAGUCGUUCCUGUUUCGUCGCCUGUGUUGUCGCUCCAGACCAGAACCGAAGUCAACAACCUUGAACGACGUUAUUGUCCGCGGGACGAUCUGCCAGGACAGUGUUGGACCAUUAUUUGUAAACAGACAGUGCACCACUAUGGCGUAUGAGGCCUUGGCCUAUCAGGCCUUACGGAGUCAUCCGGAAACCUGGACAUCAAAAGACAUCGACACCAUCAUUCGUCUGGGCCAUCGACAACACGCCCGGUUCAGGAUUACAGACAAACUUAGCGCCCAGAUAGAUGGCAAAGUAGGACUUUAUCAACUUCCAAACAAAUAUCGUGUACGUAUCAUCCCAGAAUUUGUCAGUAACGAAACUGAUGACAGAUAUUUGGAAGGGCGGGAUGUAACAGCUAGGUCUCUCUCCUACGUGGAUGGAUGUUUUCAAUACCAAGAAUCAGAAAUAGCCGAGGCGCUUUCUGAAGUAUCUCCGGAAUUCCCAGCGUUCAUGACAAAAACAUUCGAGCCAAACCGCCAGGAAGAUGUCAACAUGGUCCUGACGAUUGGAGUGCUCUCAGUUGCAGUAUGGAGGAGAAAGGAUGACGGCAGGUUAUGGCUGUUCGAUAGCCACCGUCGGACCCCAAAGGGAGACUACCACUACGCCCCGACGGUGUCAGAACAAUCAGACCCAGGAGCCGCCAUUCUUCGUUCGUUUGAAAACCUGGACGCUCUGCUGGCCCACAUAAUUAAACAGCACGGAACCAACUUUCAAUACAGUGCCGGACUGUUCGGCUAUGAUGUGAAGUAAUUUUCUCUAACACAGAAAGAUACUGAAAUCCGGAUGUAUUAGACGCAGGAGAGACCAUGGAGAAGCUUGAUACUACAAGAAUUGUUUUAAAAUACACGGAACUUGUUCUGGAGGCAAGAAGACCUUUAUGUCCCUGAGAUCCGGAUAAAAGGAAAUUAACUUUGAGAACUAAAAGGAGGACUUUAUAUUCUCUGAGGCUUGACAAAGUUACGAGAGGAAGAAGAAGUGACUCAAGUCAAUGCCACACUAGAUGUUGAAGCACAUGUUUCGUCAAGCUACACAAGAUAUUGAAGCACAUGUUUCGUCAAGCCACACAAGAUGUUGAAGCACAGGUUUUGUCAGCCGCACAAAUCUAAUGUCCAAAUGCCAAAAUCUCUGACUUCUCUUGUAUAUGUAUCCUUUGAGUCAAAAGUAAUAUGCGGAGUGA